AUGACGUCAAGUGCUAGAGAAAUUCGCACCGCGCUUCGGAAAGAAAAGAUGCAGCGCAAAAAAGACGCUGCCGAGCAAGCUGCAAUUCCUUCCGCAGAUAAAGACGUUGAUAUGAGCGAUGGAAAAGAACCCAAUGAUAGCCCUAUGAACCUCCUACCUCUCGGAGUCCUACCCCCAAUCGUGACGGAAAGUCCGGCGAGAACGGCGAUCCGGGCAAAGAAGAAUAAAAAGAAAAAGGCGGCGAACAAGGCAACUGACCCGUCACCCCCCGGUGCGAACGAAGGGGGCCAGACAGGCGAGAAAGCUGAGCAAUCCAAGGCACAACGGAAAAGGGUCAGACAGCAGAGAAGAGAGGAAUGGCGUGCAGUGUUGCUCCGCGUCGCCCAAAAGAUUUCCGGCGACGAUACUCUCUUGGAUGCGGUCAGGGACUCUUACACGAGUGAAGGGCGCAACAAAUUAUUCAAUGUCGUCGCUGCACUUGAUCCCGGUGCUGGCAGAGAUUCAAAUCUCAUUAGUGAGCUCAACGGCCUUUGUGAUAGGCACACCCUAGAACCUCUCCGGCUAGCGCUGCAGUACCGACACGACGUGAAACUUCUCCGAGAUAAAACGACCGAGAGAGAAAACGCGGAACUUCUGGCACGUCUCAAGGAGAGCGGAUCGGUCGAGGAGUACGAAAAUAAGAAGCUUGAGCUUGAGCAAAAGCGCCGGGUGGGACAGCGCAAAUUUGUUCAGAACGAAUCGGCUGCGGGUAGGUCAAGGAGAGAUGUUAAGUUUCUUGAGAUGUCUAGGCGUGAGAGAGCAAAGGUACAGAGUCGUCUUAUGGCAAAGAAGAAGCGUGAGGAAUUAGAGGCUGCUGAGAUGGAUGGGAUUAGUGCUAUCGUUGGUGGAUUGAGGUUUGAUGCUGGUGGAGUCGACGGUGACACUGGUUCAGGGACUGCUGCUGCCUCAGAGGUUGUGGAUCUGGAGGGGAUGUCUCUCCCUGAUGCCUAG